AUGUUUGGAAUCUUUCUAAAGGAUGAACAAAGUGGCAUGCCCGAAAUGAUUGAUGCAAUCGGAACAGCCCUUCGAUCAAUGGGCGACGGCGAGAUCAGCAUUUCAGCAUAUGACACAGCAUGGGUUGCGCUUGUGAAGAGCUUGAAUGGAGAUAACACACCGCAGUUCCCCUCGUGCAUUGAUUGGAUUGCUCGGAAUCAGCUGCUAGAUGGAUCAUGGGGUUUGUCAUUCAUCUCUGAAAAUAUGUGGAGGUUAACCAAGGAUGAUGAUAAUUGGACGCUAUGUGGCUUUGAGAUUAUCUUCCCUAUGUUGCUGGAGAAGGCCAAGAACCUAGGUGUGAACAUACCGCUUGAUGACCCCACGUUGGAAGCAAUAUAUGCCAAAAGAGAACUCAAGUUCACUAAGAUUCCGAGAGAUGCACUCCAUGUUGUACCAACAACUUUCCUUCUAAGCAUAGAAGGGAUGCCAGGUUUGGACUGGAAAAGGCUAUGUAAGCUCCAGUGUCCAGACGGCUCCUUCAUGUCUUCACCUGCUCCCACGGCUUAUGCUCUAAUGCAGACUGGGGACCCUAAGUGCUUUGAGUUCCUUGAUAGAGUGGUCAGCAAGUUUAACGGAAGCGUACCUUUUGUUUACCCUAUUGAGAUGUUCGAGCGCUUAUGGGCUGUCGACCGAUUGGAGAGGUUGGGCAUAUCACGUUAUUUCAAGAGUGAAAUUAAGGACUACUUAGAUUACAUUUACAGGAACUGGACUGAGGAAGGCUUGGCUUUUACGAAGGGCUGCCUAGUGAAGGACAUUGAUGACACGGCCAUGGGUUUCCGCCUUCUGCGACUGCAUGGCUACCAUGUCUCUCCUUGUGUCUUCAAGCAGUUUGAGAAUGACGACGGCCAGUUCGUGUGCUACGCAAGGCAGUCGAACCAGUCAGUUACCGCGAUGUACAACCUGUUCCGUGCUGCUAACCAGACCUCGUUGCCUGACGAUGAUCACAUCCUCCGGCGCGCCAAGAGCUACACCCGUGGGUUCCUCCGGGAGAGGCGAGCCACCGACCAGCUAAACGACAAGUGGAUCAUCUCUGAGGGUCUGCCUGGCGAGGUCGGCUAUGGUCUGGAUUUCCCUUGGGAAACUAGUAUGCCACGCAUUGAAACGAGAAUGUACCUUGAGCAAUACGGUGGAAGCGCUGACGUGGGGAUUGGGAAGGUCCUCUAUAGAACGAACCUCUUCAGCAACGAUAUGUACCUCAAGGUGGCGAAAGCUGAUUUCAGAAAAUUUCAGAGACUAUGCCGACUAGAGUGGCACAGCCUGAAAAGGUGGUGUGGCAAGAACAAUCUUGAAAUGUACGGCGUGACUCGGCAGAGCGCGCUGAGAGCUUACUUCCUGGCCGCGGCCAGCAACUUCGAACCGAGCCGAGCAGCAGAGCGCCUGGCAUGGGCGCGCACAGCGGUGCUCGCCGAGGCCAUCUCCGGGUGCUUGCUGAUGAGCAGCAACACUCACGACGAUCGGACGAUGACGGGCGAAUGGCUCGUCGGUGAAUUCGUCAACAGCGACGAUGACAACCCGGCAAGUGGAAGAGGGAAGAAGAAUUCACGAGUUACUAGCAGCCUCGGCUAUGCUCUUCGUGACCUUAUUGACAUCCAUGCGUCCGGCAACGCUUCUGUCGCUGACUGUCUUCGUGGAGCUUGGAAGGAGUGGUUCAUGGCAUGGACUAAAACGGAGAGGGAAGGACCACGCGCAGCGGAUACAGCAAUGUUGCUAGUUCGCACAGUCGAGAUUUGUUCUGGAAGGCACCACUCCACCGAACAGGACAUGAAGCUUCUACCAGAUUAUUCGAAGCUCGAACAGCUUACCAGAUCCAUCUGCUGCAGACUGGCGACUGAAGCUCCUGCUCUGAAUGGAGAAAACAUGGACAAGAUUGAUGAUCUGGACAGGAUGGUUGGAUUCGAGAUGCAAGAACUGGCUCAAUGUGUUUUCCAGAGCUGCAGCUCCAUCAACAUAGAGACACGGCAGACGUUUCUCCAUGUGACCAAGAGUUACUACUAUGUCGCCCUCUGCUCACAUGAAACAAUUGAACAUCACAUCUCCAAGGUCAUAUUUGAGGAUGUAGUUUAG